AUGUUUAAUAGGAAAAGAAAGGGAGAUUUCGAUGAAGAUGAUGGGUAUCGUGAUUUCAGACCUCGAGCACCAAAGAGACAAAGAAUCCCACCUGUUGUUCAAUUAUGUAAGGAAAUGAUGCCUGAUAUUUGUACCAUUGGUGAAUCAUUAAAAGCUUUUGAAGAUGAUAUUAAAUUCUUAAGUGAAGCUAUCAUAAAUGAGUAUGGUCAUGAAGAUUAUUUCAAUGAAGCAUUGUUGAAAACUUUAUAUUCUGUUGUUGUGGAACAGCCUCAAAAGCAAGCUGCCAUUGCAUUGUUGACUAUGGUAGUCAAUGCAGAAAACAAUGUUGCUGGGAAAAGUAUUAUCAAUUUCUUUUUCGAGCAGUUACAACAUAAUUGUAAAGAAAGUAUUAACGAUGAUUUCCAAGUUACUUCUAACGAGACUGGUCCAUGGAAUAAAGUCAAGUUGAUUUUAAGAUACUUAUCUAUGUUAUCUCCAAUUAUGAUUAAGGACGAUAUAAUUGCAAUUUAUAAGAGAUUAUUUGAAUUGGCUGUGGAAUUAAACAAUAAAGAAGAAACUAAGAGGGUCCCAUUAUCUGAAGCCAUUUAUGUCAACACUUUACUAAAUAUCCCCGCUCUUUUCGUUUUCAAUAAGACAGAUGAAUCACUGCAACAAAAAGUGGAAGAAUUAAUUACCUAUGUGGAAACUAAUUACAAAAUUAAACAAAUUAAUGUUGAUCUUCUACGAGAAUAUAAUACAAGUAGUCCGUAUCCAGUUACCGAAUUAAUUCAAAUUGCGUUACCAAACGUUAAAGAGGUAUUAGCUAACAACAUGGAAAAAUUGUAUGAAUUAUAUAACGAUUGGUCAGAAAUGUAUCCAACAAAAGGUGUUGAUGAAUCAGGCUUCAAUGAUGCAUUAGAAUUGCCCACUGUUGAACAAUUAGAAUCGUUUGUUAAUUUAGAUAGAGGGUUCGGAUCCGUCGACAGUAUGUGGAAGACACCAAGAUACAUUUUCCAUGUUUAUUUACCUAAUUCUACGGGUAAUUUUGAAACUGUCGUUCCAAUUACAACAUACGCUGGUCAAUUAUUCAAUGACAUUAUCAUUGAUAUAGUGGAAAGUUUAGAAUUUAACAGGAAGGAAGUGGCCAAACAAGUUGUCACAUUAGAUUUGUUUUAUAAACCUGGUAUUUUCGCUGAAGCAGGUUCAUCCAUCGCAGAUUUAAUUCAAUCUCAUGAAGAAAAUCCAUCUAACUCUACUUAUAAGAUAGAAGAUUUAGCAAUUGAAACCAUUUUAAGUUUGAUUUUCAAAUUACCUAAUGUCUCUCAACCAUUUGCUUAUUUCUAUACUUUAUUGGUGGAUAUUUGUCAAGAUUCACCAAAGGCCAUUGCACCAGUUUUCGGUAGAGCCUUUAGAUUCUUUUAUAAUAAUUUGGAUGAUUUAGACUUUGAAUUGAAAUUAAGAUAUUUGGAUUGGUUUUCCAUUCAAAUGAGUAAUUUUAAUUUUUCAUGGAAAUGGAAAGAAUGGGAAAAUGAUUCUAUUAAAUUCAAUGGAAUUGCAUAUAAUCCGAAGGUCAAUUUCAUUAAGAAUUUAAUUCAUAAGGAAAUUAGAUUGACGUCAAAUUUGGUUGAAGUGGAAGAUAGUUUACCUGAGGAGUUUAAGCAAUACUUAAAUACAUCAUUUAUUUCUAACGAUAAAAUGAUGGACUACUAUCAAUCAUUAUUUACUAAUCAUUUAGUCACAAUGGAAGAUGUUAAAGUUGAUGACUUAUUUUUCAAAUUGGAUAGCGUCCCAAUGGAAGCGCAAGUUCGUCAAAUUUUAGAUUAUAUUCAUAAACCAAACAAUCAAAGAGAACUGAAAGAUUUAGAAGAAAUAAUCAAUACUAUCAAAGAAGAAUAUGGUAAUGAAAUUACAGAUUUCACUCGUUUUGUUAUCAUAGUAAUCAUGCAGGCAGUAGUUCAUUCUGGUAGUAGAUCAUUAUCUCAUGCUAAUAAAUAUAUCAAUGAUUUGAGAGAUGAAUUACUUGAAAUUUUCAGUAAAUUAGAAAUGGAUCAAGAUUUGAAAGAAUAUACAAUGAUUGAAGCUGUGUUAAGAUAUUGGAAUACAAACUCACAAAACGGGUUUUUAAUUGUUGAUGCGUUGAAAUUCGCUAAAUUAGUUAGUACCAAGAGUAUUUAUGAUUUCUGUUUUGAUGAAAGUAAUCUGAAUGAUGGUAUAAAUCAUGGGCUUAUCGAAUCUACUGCGAUUGAAGCCAUUUUCAGGAAUUUAUCUCAAGAACUUAUAUCGAAUCCCCAAUCUGUUGCUGAUUUUGAGAUUGUCUUUGAGAAAUUAUGUAUUAUUGUUAAUGGUACUAUUAAAGAUUUAGGAGUUCAAGAAGAUGAAGAUAUUGUCGUACCUAAUGUGUCUUCAGAUAUGGAUAUUGAUUUUACCGAUGUGAAUGAAUCAAGAAGAUUUAAUUUAAGUUGGAAAUAUGCUACCGUUACGAGUUUUAUUAAGAGUCUUUUAAGAAAAUAUUCAGAUGAAUAUCGUGUUCUAGUUGAUAAAUUCAAUAGUGGAAUUGAGAAUGCAAUUCCUCAUGAACCAACAAGAGCACAAAUUUCCAAAUGGAUAAAUGAAGUUAAUUCUAUUUAA